AUGGACACUGCGAAAGGGAGAGGUGGUCUUGAUGGUCACCGUGUGGUCGAUCCUCAGGCUCUGUCACAGUCUUUGGUGAAUAAAACAGUGUUGGACCAAGUGGGCGAGCGAGACCUCGAAGUCAAGCAUAUUAGACGGCAGGAGGCUCUUGUUAUCCACUAUUUUCGCUGUAUUAUGAAGCAUAGUGAGAAGCUGAGCGCUAAGGCGGUGUUGGAAAGUAUGCGAGACAAUGGCCUCAUCUCUGGCAUACUCCGCUACCUCGCGUACAAGGAGUGCACGCAUGACCUCAAGUUAAGGGUGGCAGAGGUGGUCCUACAGGAGGGGCUUUUGAAGCGGUCCGACGUCAGACCGCUGUUGGAUCUGUUCGCCAAAUGUAAACGCAUGAAGUGA